AACUUGACAAAUACACGUAGAAACGUAAAAGUUUUGAAUAGUUUGGUACUUUAGUGUUGACUGUUGACCGCGACGAAUCCGUCGGAAACCGGAAUCACCAUGGAUUUUCCUCCGACGAAGCUUGAUUAUCAUGUAGACAUGUUCAAUCUUCAGUCUCAUUCCAGAUUUCUCUCCUUAUUUAAGGCGCAAGAUGGACGCAUAGCUCUAAUACUAGAAUCAACGGUGUUUCAUCCACAAGGUGGUGGCCAGCCGUCAGACACCGGUUUAAUUGUUUUCUCCGGUUCGGAUUUGAAAUUUUCCGUUCAAGAUGUUCGAUCGAAAGACGGAAUUGUUCUCCAUUACGGAGUUUUCGAAGGUUCGAAUCCUGAAAGUGGAAUUGAUAGUGAGAAAGGGAAAGAAGUUUACUUAACUGUUGAUGAAUCAAGGCGUAAACUCAAUUCCAGUUUUGUAAUCUGCUGGUGGAAUUCUUCAGAAUUCAGAUAUAGGCUGUUGAAGAUUGUUCUCAUUGUUAUGCAUGGCAUGGUUGGAACAAAAUUUCAGACGUUGCACUCAGCUGGACACUUGCUAGAUAUGUGUAUGCAGAAAGUUGGGUUAGGACAUUUGGAGCCUGGAAAAGGGUACCAUUUUCCUGACGGUCCUUUUGUGGAAUACAAAGGAAGCGUCCCACAGGAGGAGUUUCAGGUGAAGCAGAAAGAGUUGGAGGCAGAAGCUAACGAACUGAUAUCCAAAGGAGGAAAGGUUUAUGCUGCUAUAUUGCCCUAUGAAGAGGCAUCUGUGCUCUGUGGUGGCAGUCUUCCUGAUUAUAUUUCCAAGGGCAGCACUCCCCGGAUCAUAAAAUUAGGUGACAGCCCCGGGUGUCCAUGUGGUGGAACCCAUGUCUCCAAUUUAUCCGAUAUCAUAAGCAUGAAGAUCACACAGAUGAGAACAAAGAAAGGAAUGACGAAAGUUUUCUACACCAUUGCAUCUUGAAACUCUUAUGGGUUCCAGUUUCUAUACGGUAGAUAUACAAUAAGUCAAGGAAGGGAAUGAUAGUGAGGACGACUGUUUUCAUCAGUUGGCUUCAACAGCAAGCAGCUUCUCCUGUGCCUCAACAGCCACAAAUCAGUAUUUGUGGGUAUUUAUCAAUCUCUUAAACGACUCUCUCUAUUAUUGAUAAGUCGUAUAUGAUAUAUGAUAUUGAUGUGAUAUUUUCUUCCACUCAGCCUCUUAAUUAGUAUUAAUAUAUUGACUCUUGGUAUUGUAGAAUCGUACCGGUCAUUUGGUCCUAGAUUUUUAUUCAUGCAUCGGUUUGAUUUACUUAGUAUACUUACUAAUUAACCUUAGGUAGGCAAAAACAUUCAUGUAUGCGAUCAACGGUUUUAAAAACGUAAAUUUUGUUUUUCCAAACCGAAUCAAUCGGUGAGUUUUUGA